AUACAGUUACACCCCAACUGGGCUCCACCCUCUCUCAACUAUAAUAUCCCAACCAACACAAAGAUCAUAUUUCGUCUCUAUUUUCAAUAAAUUCUCUCUUACUUUUUGUGAAUUCAGUUCAAAUCUUUCAGAUUAGCACCUUUUGAUUUCAAUUUCAAGCGAAGAGAUGGCAGAGGAGGUGCCGAAGAAGGUGGCGGUGGAGAAGGAGGUGACAAAGGGCGCUGAGGAGGAGCUGAAAAAAGUGGAAACUGAGGCCCCGUCUGAGCCUCCGCCUGCUCCAGCUCCGGUAUCAGAGCCAGUUGAAGCUAUGAAGGACGUGGCGGAGGAGAAAUCUGUAAUUCCGGCUCCUCUACCUCCAGCUGAGAAGCCGGCCGAUGAGUCAAAGGCACUUGCGGUAGUCGAAAAGGCUCCUGAACCUGUUAAGGAGAAAGCUGCUGAGGGUUCUGUGAAUCGAGAUGCUGUGCUUGCAAGGGUUGAAACCGAGAAGAGGAUAUCACUAAUCAAAGCAUGGGAGGAAAGUGAAAAAAGCAAAGCUGAGAACAAAGCUCAUAAAAAGAUAUCUUCCAUUGAGGCUUGGGAGAAUAGUAAGAAAGCAGCAGUGGAGGCCGAACUGAAACAAAUUGAGGAAAAUCUAGAGAAGAAAAAGGCAGAGUAUGUGGAGAAAAUGAAAAACAAAAUAGCUCUGAUCCACAAAGCAGCAGAAGAAAAGAGAGCUAUAAUUGAAGCUAAACGCGGGGAGGAUCUUCUUAAGGCAGAGGAGAUAGCUGCAAAGCAUCGAGCCACUGGAAACGUGCCAAAGAAGAUCAUUGGAUGUUUUGGGUAAACUUUUUAGGUUGGAUUGGAUGGCCUUAGUUUCAUAAUUUAUUGUUUAAUGCUUAUUUGUUAUUGGAUGGUUUGUUUCGUUGCACAGAGAGGGUUGAUGAUUGUUUAAUUGUUAUGGUGUGCCUGUUAUGUAUCUGUGUGUAUAUAUCUCGUUUGAAGGUAAAGUGUAGAAAAGUACACUGUUGAACUCUUGAGAACACUUUCUGUGUAUAUAUUGUAUGAUGAAAUUUGUGUAGUUACCAAAGAACAUCAGCUUGAGGGUUCAAUUAUUUUUGAUAUGACUUAUCUGUA